AUGUGCAGCAAAGACCAGAUAAGUCAUAUUCUUGGAAAAAUCAAUGUGGGUCUCCCAUCUUGGUCGCGCGGUCUGGAGGCGGCGGAGGCGGCGCGCGCGCGCCUCGUGCGCUGGGCGUGCGGCGACGCGCCCGACACAGAGCCGCCGCGCAAGAAGAUGCCCCACGCGUUGCGCCGCAGGUGGCCAAUGUGCCCCUGCUUACAAAAUGACGAGCCACCCGAGAUUACAUACUGUGUGGUGGGCGGCGAGGGCGGUCUCGCCUUGCAGGCAGUCACCCCCACGCACCCCAUGCCACCGCAAGAUGAACUGGACGCGAAGUUCGCUGAGCUUGUGGAAGAGUUAGACCUCACAGCAGUUAACAAAGCAGCCAUGAUGGAUCUGCCAGCAGCUAAAAAGUGGCAAAUAUACUGCAGUCGAAGACCGCCACCCGGUCAAGCACCCCCGUUAGCCACUGCGCCGCAAGUCGAGGAUUACAUCAAAGCUCUUAACGAGAUUGCUGAUGCAUUUGCAUCUUCAGAAGGAGUAACGCCAACAGAAGCGUGCGCCCUAGUCGAUGGCUUGAAGACGGCCCUUAGAACUAGAGCGCACAGUUUUGUCCUUCGGUUCAUCAAGCAAGGCGGUCUUGCAGCGUUACUGGAGUCCUUGCAACGAGCGCCAAGAGAUGACGCUGUGACGAGGCAUAAUCUUAUUGCGGGGAUUAAGGCGCUUAUGAACAACUCUACCGGCCGGGCACAUGUUCUGGCGCACCCAACAAGCAUCGAUCUAAUAGCGCAAUCUAUGGACACCGAGAAUGUAAAGACUAAAGUGGCCGCCUUGGAGAUAUUAGGGGCUGUUUGCCUCGUACCAGGGGGGCAUAAAAAGGUUUUAGAAGCUAUGAUCCACUACCAAAAAUAUGCCGGGGAAAGGGCUCGAUUCCAGGGCAUAGUGAACGAGUUAGACCGUAGCACGGGCGCGUAUCGCGACGACCUAGGUCUGAAAACGGCGAUCGUGUCCUUCGUAAACGCCGUACUGAACUAUGGACCUGGAGAGGAGAGUCUGGAGUUUAGGCUACACUUGAGAUAUGAGCUACUCAUGCUUGGUAUACAGCCUGUAAUCGAGAAACUUCGAAAGUACGAAAACGAGACACUCGAUAGGCAUAUCGAGUUCUUCGAAAUGGUUCGCAACGAAGACGAAAGGGAACUUGCUAGAAGGUUCGACAAACAGCACGUCGAUACUAAGAGUGCGGCGGCCAUGUUUGAGCUGUUGCGACGGAAAUUGAGCCACACCGCGGCUUACCCACAUUUAUUGUCUCUUUUGGAACAUCUCCUAUUACUUCCAUUGGAAUACAACCCGCAUUCGCAACACUGGCUGCUCUUGGACCGCGUCGUGCAACAAAUAGUACUGCAGCAGCCAUCGCGUGCGAAUAGUGACCGCGACAGCGCCACUGACACGUGCUCCGAUACUGCCAAAGUCUACGAUCCGGAUGUAGCACCACUUGAGAUAAACGUUGGGGAAAUCGUUCAUUUGUUAGCUAAAGAGGAAGAAUUAGUCGCGGCGAGAACCAAAGCGGAAAAUCUGGAGAGAGAAAAUGUGGACUUGGCCACGGAGUUGGCUAAAAAGGAGAAGCAAGUGGACCAGCACACGCAGGAGAGAGAGGAGUUGGAGGGAGUAGUAGGCAGACUGAAGGAGAGGUUAGAGAGGGAAACUGCGGCCCAUAUGGAGUGCACGGAAAGAGCUCGCGCGGCGGCGUGUCGUGCGCACCAGCUAGAGCAGCAGUUGAACCAAGAGCGAGCUGAACGUACGAGAUUCGAGAAACUGGUCAGUGAAGGAAGCAUACCUGAUGAUGCAAAGGUCAGCAACUUGAAGAGCGCAGUAAUAGAAACUUGUACAGCACCUCCACCCCCACCUCCCCCCUCCCUGUGCCCACCAGCACCCCUCCCCCCUCCCGCACCGCUAGCACCCCCCGCACCUCUCGCCCCAGCACCCCCUCGUCCAAAGAAGAACGUACCCACUCCCGGGAACCCCCUGAAGAGCUUCAACUGGAGCAAACUCCCCGAUACGAAGCUACAUGGAACAAUAUGGCAAGAGUUGGACGAUACGAAGUUGUAUAACGCCAUAGAUCUCCAUGGAAUUGAUAGGAUGUUUUGUGCUUAUCAGAAGAAUGGUGUACAGAACGAAGGCUCAGUAGAAGAUUUAAGGCAAUUAGGUUCUAAGCCACGUACCAAAAUCCUAUCAGUUAUAGAUGGGCGUCGCGCUCAGAAUUGCACUAUAUUACUUUCCAAACUAAAAAUGACUGAUGAGGAAAUUUGUAGAGCAAUCCUCCGCAUGGACAGCAGCGAGCAACUCCCCCUGGACAUGGUGGAACAGCUCCUGAAGUUCACGCCCAGUGCUGAGGAGGCGGCUCUGCUGGAGGAGCACCAGGAUGAGCUGGACAGCAUGGCGCGAGCUGAUCGGUUCCUAUAUGAGAUAUCUAAGAUCCCCCACUACUCGCAGCGCGUGCGCACGCUGCUGUUCAAAAAGAAGUUCACGGCGGCGGUGUCGGAGGCGCGCGCGCGCGCCGCCGUGGUGCUGCGCGCGGCGCGCGACAUGGCGCGCUCGCGCCGCCUGCGCGCGCUGCUCGAGAUCGUGCUCGCGCUCGGCAACUACAUGAACCGCGGCGCGCGCGGCAAUGCGUCCGGCUUCCGGCUGUCGUCGCUGAACAAGCUGGCCGACACCAAGUCGAGCGUGACGCGCAACACCACGCUGCUGCACUACCUCGUCGAGCUGCUCGAGACACAGUUCAAAGACGUUCUCCUACUCGAAGAAGAUCUGCCUCACGUACGUGCCGCGGCCAAAGUGUGCGUCGACCAGUUAGAGAAGGACGUGGGCGCCCUGAGGAAUGGUCUGCGCGAGGUGUCAAAGGAGCUGGACUACCACGCGUCGCUGCCGGCGCCCGCGCAGCCCCACGACGCCUUCGUACCCGUCAUGAGGGAGUUCCACGCUCAUGCUGUAUGCUCGUUCACACAGCUCGAGGAUUUGUUCCAGGACAUGAAGAGUCGCCUGGAAGCAUGCGCGCACGCAUUCGGGGAGGAACCGAGCGCAUCUCCCGAGCAGUUGUUCGGCGCGCUGGACGCCUUCCUGCAGCAGCUGGGCGAGGCUCGCGCCGAGUGUGACGCCGCGCGCCGCCGCCGCGACGAGGAGGAGAGGCGCACCAGGCAUGAGCAGGAGCUCAAGAAACGUACAAUGGAGAGGAAACAAGGCUCUAGUCUGCUAAGCUCAGUCGGGAAAUCUCUAGGGAAAUCCAACAGUACCGACUGCAAUGGACACUCGGAAAACAGCUCCCGAGACGGCACACUGACAAACGGACAGAAAGGAGAAUUUGAUGACCUCAUAUCCGCCCUAAGGACAGGUGAUGUUUUCGGCGAUGACGUCGCCAAGUUUAAAAGGUCAAGGAAAACUACUAAAAAGGGCAGGGAUUCCCCGCCAAGAGGCGUUUGUAGGGAGGACUCAAGAGAGAGACAAAAGAAU